AUGGCGGACCAUGUCUUCGCGCUACGCACUCGUCGCCUACCAGCCACCCAGGAGUUUGGGCUGGAGUCUGUUUCUGUCGUAGGCACCAUGGCAACAAUAACUACCGGCCUUUUAACUGGAUCUGAGUUGUGGUUCCCGAAGGCCUCUAUUGGGGCUGCAGUGCUGCAGGGCAUGCCUGCUUCUGCACCAGUCAGAUCCAUGAGAUACAGCGCCCAACAUACACUGCUUCAGAAGGCUUCAAAAUGA